AGAGAGAGAGAGAGAGGGGAGAGUGUUGUGUAUGGAUGGUGGAGAAGGGCGGCGCGUGAGAUUAUAUAACCAGGACGCAGUGGAUAAGACGAUAAACAACAGGAUAAUGCUCAGAUUCCGGCCGAUUGCACCGAAACCAGCCGCUGGGGAUCUGAAUCACGAGGCGAAUCAAAUAGAGAGCAAGAACAAGCCGUUAAACCAGAGAAGAUCGAAAAGAAAGUACGUUAGGGUUCGGAAAAACCUGCGAAAGAAAAAGGUAACUGUAAAUGAUCAUGAGAAAGGUUACAACGAUGGUGCAAGCGAUAAUAAUAAGGUCACCACUCUACAGCUGUUUCCUGAGAGAAGGGAUUGUCUGGAAGAGCAGUCCACCAGCAGGAAGAAUGGAUCUUGGUUAAGUUUUGGUGCAGAUAAUUUUGUCCACCUUCAAGAGAUCAAUAUGCAAGAUAAAACUGAGCCGUUGAUCAGUUUGACGAGUAGAGUGAUGGAUUCAGAUCAGAUGCCGACGCCCAAAAUCAUCUCGCCUGAAAAGAGGGUAGCGGAGGAGUCGUGGGUGACGGUGGAGAGCGUGACAGACACUUGCGUGGAUGUGCAAGCGUUAGGGUGUACGGACGCAGAGAGAAUAGUCAAUCUGGAAGCGGACAAGUGUCCCGGGUUCAUAUCAGACGGUCACCAAGUCGUGCGGUGGGUUAAUGGGGCCUAUAAAAUGAUGGUGACGAUGAGGGGGAGAAAUCAUGAGGUCCCUGAUCAGGUGGUGGUGCGGUUGAUGAUGAAAGACAGACUACCUUAUGAUAUUCUCGAGUACAAGGCAUUUACGUGCAGGAUUAGGUUGAAGAACGCGUGGCAAAGGGAGAAGAUUGUGCCGUGUGAUGUAUGGAGGAUGGACGGCGGAGGUUUUGCAUGGAGACUCGACGUUGAGGCUGCACUCUGCUUGGGCCGUUAACAAUCAUCAGCUUUUAUAUGCAGGUCAAGUAUUGUAAGCAGGAGAAGGAUUUUACCAUAUAUAAAGACUCUUUGAAAGUGUAAAUACAUACAUA